AUGACGCACAAGAAUAAGAUCAAAUCUUUGACGAUCAUUGCUUUGUUCUUUUCCGUUGGCCUUCCAUUCUCUCCCAAGCUUUCAUUUCUUACGAGAUCGAAAUCAUUAAUCCAAAUUCAUGAUGGCGAUCUUCCGAUGAUUCGAAGUGCUGACAAAGACUCAUUUGCUGGCUGUGACAUUGUGACAGUGGAAUGCCAUCUCCGUCCAGAAGGAAGCUUUGUGCCAGAGGCGCUCUUCGAUGGUGUCUUUAUGGAUGAUGACGAAACACAUAAUAAGACUCUUACGUUUGCCCUUGGAAAAGGCAACUACCUUCCCGGUCUUCACGACCUGAUAUCCACGUUGAACGAAGGGGAGUCGGUCCACAACCAGACCUUGGAUGCUGGUUGGGGUGCUUGGAAUCCUGAUUUGGAGGCGACACUUUCAUUUGAUUCCAUUCAAAACAGUGGCAUUGAUAUUUCAUUAAUUCAACCAGGAGUGGAACUUGUAAUGGGAAAUGGCAUCAAAGCCACCGUGACGGAACGAAAUGGAGACGAAAGCUUCAAAGUGGAUGCCAAUCCACCACUUGCAGGAGCAUCCUACUCCGCAUAUGUAAAGCUGAUAUCCAAAGUCACUGGGCCUGAUUCUGGAUUUCUGUAUCCUCCGCUAAGUGAUAGCAACAAGAUACACGUUGCCACCUUUGCAUUUGGCUGUUUCUGGGGCGCCGAGCUGGCAUUCAUGAGAGAAAAUGGAGUGGUUGGUACCAAGGUUGGAUAUACGCAGGGCCAGAGUGAGUAUCCAACCUAUAAGGAAGUUUGCUCUGGCUCUACUGGACAUACCGAGUCUGUCAUGGUGUUGUAUGAUUCCGAGGUUGUAUCCUAUGCACGCCUUGUGGAAUUGAUGAUGGAUCGAUUGGGCGAGAACAAGUUCCUAAAGAAUCAGGUGGGAAAUGAUCGAGGCACGCAAUAUCGACAUGGUAUCUACUAUCACAAUGAUGACCAAAAGUCUGUAGCGACUUCGGCAAUCGAGUCAUUUGGAGAGGAUUGUGUGACGGAAGUCUUACCUGCCAAGGUAUUUUACGAUGCGGAAGACUACCACCAGCAAUACUUGCUGAAAGGAGGACAAUCAGCCAAAAAGGGCGAUACCUCCUUCAUCAGAUGCUAUGGAUAG